CAGCCCAACGCGCGCGCGGCGGGGCUUGAGCCGAGCCGCUCCCCGUAGCCGCGCGGCCCCGCCUCGCGCAUGCGGGGUGGCGGCGCCGCAGAGGGCGGGCGCGAGGACGGCGGGGGGCUCGCGCUGAGUAGGGAAUACAAUCACCAUGUCGUCUGCACUAUUGCCUAAGCCCCAAAUGCGGCGCCUCCUGGCCAGGCGGAUGAAGUUUCACCUCUUUGGGGCAUUUUUUGUUUCUUUGGGAUGCGCAGCGUUGUACAAGUUUGGAGUUGCUGAGCCCAGAAAAAAAGCUUAUGCAGAGUUCUAUAAGAACUAUGAUCCCAUGAAGGACUUUGAAGCCAUGAGAGCGGCUGGUGUGUUUGAGUCUGCACCGCCCAAAUGAUGGCAGACUGCAUUUCCAGAUCCCGUUCAGUCUGAGGAGACUUGAUGACCGAACCUUACUUGUUCACUGAAUUAUCAAGUGUAAUGCACUUCAGUGCAUGACACACUCUCAUGUAUCUCAGUAAAUAAAAAAUGUACAUCAGUGA